GGUCCCACACCGAACCCAAACCUUUUUCUAGUGCCUCUCUCUCCCCAAUUCAUCACCUCUCUUUCUUCCCUUGGACGCGUUUCGUUUACCGUUUCUUGAAACCCUAACCCUAGCCCCUAGAAUUCAGACCUGUUCUUCACCGAUUCUAUUAAGUUAACCACAAUUUCGGCUUUAUUAGGAGUACGAUUUGGGUCGGAUUAGGGGUUUUUUGGGAGGAUCGGUAGGUGUCGAUCAAGCGAUGGAGAGGGUUGGAGAGCUUCGUUGUUGACGAAGAUAAUGGUCGAUUCGGCACGGUUCUGCUUGAAUUGUAUGGGCGAAGAAUGCCGGAGCUGCGGAGAGGUGUACGACGUGGCCGUGAUCCGAUAGACCAGCGGGCGAAGCGAUCGGAGCACUUGGUUGGGAACUACAUACGGACCCGUGCCGCCGUUGCUAAGGCAAGGGCAGUGGAGGCGGCGGCAGCAGGGAAGGGGAAGGCAGUGGUAGUGGAGGCGCCGCGGGUAGCGAGGAGGAGGCAGAGGAAGGGGCAGGUGAUUGUGAUAUCGGAGGGGCAGGGUGGUUCGGAAAAGGAGAGGUCGGAGAAGCCCGCGGAAGAAGAAGAGGGUGGGCUUUUGGGGGAUAAGGAAGGGGGAGGAGGGGUUGGGAAGAAAGAAAUGAUGGGAGAUGACAGUGGGGGCUUGAGCGCAAAUAAAGCUACUGGGCAGGAGGAGGAAGGUAGCACCGCCCCGUUCCCAGAGAGGGUUCAAGUAGGGGGAUCACCUGUAUAUAAAAUUGAAAGGAAGUUGGGUAAGGGUGGUUUUGGUCAAGUGUUUGUUGGUCGCCGUGUUACAGGUGGAAAUGAACGCACAAGUGGUCCUAGUGCUACGGAGGUAGCUUUGAAAUUCGAGCACAGAAACAGCAAAGGCUGCAACUAUGGCCCUCCAUAUGAGUGGCAGGUGUACAACACUCUGGGUGGCAGUCAUGGAGUGCCUAGAGUACACUAUAAAGGAAAGCAAGGAGACUAUUAUGUGAUGGUUAUGGACAUGCUAGGGCCUAGCUUAUGGGAUGUCUGGAAUUCUUCAGGGCAAGCGAUGUCUUCAGAAAUGGUAGCUUGUAUUGCAGUUGAGUCUUUAUCAAUCCUAGAGAAGAUGCACUCAAGAGGUUAUGUGCAUGGAGAUGUAAAACCGGAAAACUUUUUACUGGGCCAGCCAUCUACAACGCAAGAGAAGAAGUUGUUUCUUGUUGACCUUGGAUUAGCAACAAAGUGGAGGGACAGUGCUAAUGGGCAGCAUGUUGAAUAUGAUCAGCGGCCUGAUAUGUUUAGGGGAACUGUGAGAUAUGCUAGUGUUCAUGCUCACUUGGGAAGAACUGCCAGCAGAAGAGACGAUCUAGAGUCUCUUGCAUAUACACUCAUCUUCCUUCAUCGUGGCAGGUUACCCUGGCAAGGCUAUCAGGGCGACAAUAAGUCCUUCCUAGUUUGCAAGAAAAAGAUGGCAACUUCUCCUGAAAUGCUUUGUUGCUUCUGCCCUACACCUCUUAAACAAUUUCUUGAGAUUGUUGUGAACAUGAAAUUUGAUGAAGAGCCAAACUACUCCAAGCUAAUAUCUCUGUUUGAGGGAUUAAUUGGACCUAAUCCAGCUAUAAGGCCAAUAAACACUGAUGGUGCUCAGAAGAUUAUCUAUCAAGUUGGUCAAAAACGGGGUAGGUUGAAUGUUGAGGAAGAAGAAGAUGGGCAACCCAAGAAAAAGGUUCGAUUGGGAAUUCCUGCUACCCAGUGGAUUUCAGUAUACAAUGCUAGGCUACCGAUGAAACAGAGGUAUCAUUACAAUGUUGCUGAUGGAAGAUUGGCACAACAUGUGGACAGAGGAAAUGCAGAUGGUCUGCUUAUAAGUUGUGUUGCAUCUUGCUCAAAUCUGUGGGCACUUAUUAUGGAUGCUGGAACUGGUUUCACACACCAAGUUUAUGAACUGUCACCUUUCUUCUUACACAAGGAAUGGAUUAUGGAACAAUGGGAGAGGAACUUUUAUAUCAGUUCCAUUGCUGGUGCUAACAAUGGAAGUUCCCUUGUUGUGAUGUCCAAAGGCACACAAUAUACUCAACAGUCUUACAAAGUAAGCGACUCCUUUCCCUUUAAAUGGAUAAACAAGAAGUGGAGAGAAGGAUUCCAUGUAACUUCCAUGGCAACUGCUGGAAGCCGAUGGGGGGUAGUCAUGUCUCGCAAUGCUGGCUUUAGUGAUCAGGUUGUGGAGCUUGAUUUUCUCUAUCCAAGUGAGGGCAUCCACAGAAGGUGGGACAGUGGUUAUCGAAUAACAUCAACGGCUGCAACUUGGGAUCAAUCUGCACUCAUCUUGAGUGUGCCCAAGCGCAAACCUGGUGAUGAAACUCAGGAAACUCUUAGGACAUCCCAGUUUCCAAGUACACAUGUUAAGGUAAACGAUAAAUGGAUACACACGCUACAAAACAUAUUCAUUCCUGACUUGUAUGUACGUCAUUACAAAAGAGAAGAGUCCAUGUCUGCUAUAGAAACAGUAAUCCUUUCUUUCUGGCAUUUUGAAUUGCUUUAGUCUCACACCUUUUUGUUACCAUAGUGCAAGAAUAACCUAACAAUGAUAUGGCACAGGCGUAAUAGGGUAGAGUAGCAAUCUAUUUAAACAUUUCAAUGAAUAGCUAAUAUUGUUUUAACUUCUUGGGAAAUGAAUCUCUCAAAUUUGAUUUUACGUGCAGGAAAAAUGGGCAAAGAAUCUCUAUCUUGCCUGCGUGUGCUAUGGACGAACUGUAUCUUGAUUAUCCCCUAAACUGCUCAGAAAGGAAGAAACUGUGCCGCAGACUCUCCCUUCUUUCCAUUGUCUGUUUCCUUCAUGUUAAUUGUAAAAAUUGGUGGGUGAGAGCUAUCUGUUUAGGCAUUAGAAUCUUGCUCCCAUGUAUGAUAAACUAUUUUUAUGACAGCGUUUUUUUUGUUGUUGGCCCUUACUCUCCAGCCUUAGAUGCUGCCAUUUGUAGAAGAAGGCUUUUGUUUUUAUAAUUGCAAUUUAAAAUUGAUGGAUA